ACAUGAAAGAUUUCUUUUGGACAUCUUUCGGCCUCUGGUGGUCGCAAGUCACACAGGAAGAGGCAGUGGACGGCGAAAAGUUACGUUUCCAACGUAAAAAAACAUAUAGCUUCCUGUCGAGUGCACUCGGUGGUUAUUAAACACAUUUAGUGAUCAACCGCACAUUAAGAAGAAUGAUUUAGUCUUGCUUUUAUAUCUGCUGUCAAACGUCGCGCGCUUGAAUUUGUCUCCACUUCCGCGUACAAUGUUUUUUUCGAACGACAUACGACAAGUUUAGAACAGGAAGCCUUCAGAGGCGCUUGUCACUCCUUCUCACCUUUUAGAAGGACCUCGGUUAACCAGUGUUGGUGUAAACUACGACAGCAUGGAUUAUGAAGACGCCCAAAAUGGGCGUGUGCCGUCAGGUGCUCAGAGUUCAAAUCCAGCCAUGAGUAUAAUUGGAGCAGAGGAUGAAGACUUUGAGAAUGAUGAGCAACCUAUGGUGGAUGAUCAGUGCAGUCACUUUAACAGCAUUGAACUGUUGAAGUCCAGGCCAACCCACCUGCUGGUCUUCAUUCAUCAUGUCAUGUUACAGUUUGACUGUGCUCCUGUGCUAUGCUACCUUCAUGCUGACCUCUUCAAGAACUUCAGUUCCAAAGACACAAAGAAGCACUUUGGGGAAUUCUACAACACUUUCCUUGAAAAAGGAGCGAUUCUCAAAGUAUCAGUGCCAAAUAACUUAGCGUCUGAACUGGAUCGCUUGCGUCCAGAAAUUUGCAGCGAAGAUCAACAAAGACGUUAUGUUACUGAAGUAAAGUUCACACAGAGUCCAGAGAUACACCGGCAGCUGGAAGACUUUAGGCAGAAGAGGAUGAUGGGAAUGACUCCCAAUGAGCAUGAACUAAGUGACGUGGAAUCCCAUCGUCCCACUGACCGCAUCCCAAGGGAGAUGAAGGAGAAGGCUGUAGCUGAAUCCUUGCUGGAAAAGAUGGUUGAUGCCAACCCCUCAAUUGUUGCCGACAAAGACAAAGGUAACUCCAUCUUUGGAGCAGUGGCCUUCUAUAUGAAGCACCUUGGCGUCAAGACCAGAGCACUUGACAACAAGAAGACUAAGUCAGGAUGGCGGCCCUCUGUCCCUUCUGUGUUGAAGCCAUGGGGAGCCAACAAACCCAGGCAAAGCACAACAAAACCACCUCUAUUCAGCCAUGAUGGUAAGCAAACUAGAUUGGACUUUGAAGUAAAGCAAAACAAAUCUGUCCCACCUCAUCGAGCAUCCAUAAGUGAUGGCAACACCACUCCAGGGCGAAAAGCUGGUGUGGCAGGGUCAGGUAGCACCCAUGGCUUGGAGAGCAAUGAAGAGUUGAUCAUCAGCGUCAGCGUGACUCCCAGCCCCGACUCUCAAAGUGACACAGGUGUCAAUAACAAUCGGGCAGACCCCACCAAACCAGUCUCGGAGGGGGGUGAUGCAUCUCCUGUCAGCACUAGUGGGAGUCUUACCAUCUGUGAACCUCUCUCUCCCAUUGACAUCCCUCCAGAGGACAAUCAGGACAGUGGCAAAAAGAAGACUAGGAAUGUGCGGCGCAGCGAGAGCCUUUGUGUGGAGCGCCGUCACUCUCGUCGUGGUGGCUCUACCCGGGCCAAGCAGUCUCGCUCCCGUAGCGACGUGGACCUGCAGUCAACUUCCACUUCCCACCCCCUCUCACCCUCCCCACAUCAUUCAGUCCCUGUGGAAGGUGGAUUGUUGUCUGAUGGCCCCUUCACUGGUCCUGCUUUUGGCCCCUUCCCUCAGCAGGAGGAAAUAGAGCCCCGCCUACUGGAGCUCGAGCAGGACCCGCCCAACUGGAGGGAACUUGCUCCCAGUGAGAACUUAAAAAAACUGAGCAAGAAGGAAAUCAAAAGACAAGAAGUCAUCAAUGAGCUGUUUGCGACAGAGCACGCCCAUGUUCGUAUGCUGAGCGUAUUGCAGACCGUGUUUUCUCGUCCACUGGAGAGGGAAGAGAUUAUGAGCCUAACUGAGCUGGCCACCAUCUUCCCCAGCCUCGAUGAGAUCAUAGAGAUGCACUAUGCUUUCUAUGAGAACCUGAAAAAACUGCGCCAGGAAAAUGAUUACAUUGUCAAAAUCAUAAGCACGCCACUUCUCAACAGGUUCAGUGGAUCAGAAGGAGAAUGGUUUCAGAAGCUCACCGCACGCUUCUGUAGCUACCAGUCCUGGGCUCUGGAGCAGAUAAAGAGCAGACAGAAGAAGGACCCCCGUUUUAAUGCUUUCAUACUGGACGCAGAGAGUAAGCCACAGUGUCGGAGGCUACAGCUGAAGGAUAUCAUUCCCAUAGAGAUGCAAAGACUAACCAAGUACCCUCUUCUGCUGGCCAACAUUGCCAAGGACACAGAGGAUGAAGCAGAAAAAGAGAAUAUUAACCAAGCAGCUGAAUCCUGCCGCAAGAUCCUCAACCAUGUCAAUGAAGAAGUCAAACUCAUGGAGAACCUGCUGAUUUUGAAAGACUACCAGCGCCGACUGGACACCUCAGGAUUGAAACCUAGCAAUGACCUCUACAGUGAGUACAAGAACAUUGAUCUGACCAGCAGAAAGAUGCUGUUUGAAGGGCCUCUGACAUGGAGGGUGACCAAGGAGAAAGCAAUCGAUGUGCACUGUGUGUUGCUGUCAGACCUGCUGGUCUUGCUUCAAAAGCAGGAUGAUAAGAUGGUUUUGAAGUGUCAGAGCAAAAGCAACAUCGCCGCUCAAGAAGGCAAACUGAUGCUGAGUCCAAUCAUCAAAUUGGAGUCUGUUUUCCUCAGAGACGUGGCCACUGACCCGAAGGCCCUCUACGUCAUAUUCACCUGGGACAGUGGCGCACAGAUCUAUGAAUUAGUGGCUCAGUCCAUAGGGGAGAGGAAAAAUUGGACAGAGGCGAUUAAGUCUGCGAUUGACGAUUUGAAGAAGAGGGGCGGGAGAGACAAGCUGGAUAGACACAGAGGUGGCAGCACGCCCAGCAGCUCCAUUGGACCUGCAUACAGCGCUAUGCAUCCUCCUCUUAGCCCUACUGAGAACGGAGGAGACCUGUUGAAAAGUCGCAGUGGGCGAUUUAAAGACAGUCUUACUGAUGAGAAAGGUAGAGAAACUGAUCCUUCACUCAUAGACUACCUAGCGGCACAUGGCUUUGACCUGCUCACCCACAGCCACACCCCUCCAGAUAAGUCCGCUAAUGGUGCUUUGGACGAAGUCAUGUAUUUGAAGAGACUAUUGGUUGGGAGUAUUAGCCUGUCAGAUGACUCUCAGACUCUUGGGGAAAAUGGAGGGACAGCGCCUGAAAGCCAGGAGGCAGAUGGAGUAGAGGAAUCCAGUACAGAAGGAAGAACUGAAGGAGAAGAGGGUGGAGGAGAUGGAGGGAAUAAAGGAGAAGAGGAAAGAGGGAUCAGCGCUCCUCUCGUGCUUUCUCAGGAACGCAUGGAGGAGGUGCAGAGGAGACUGCAGGCACUCGAGGAGCAACUGAAGAGACUGCAGGCUGUUGAGGAGGACCAUUAUAAGUUGCAAGAAGCUCUUGCUAAAUAUUCACUUCCGGGUGUCCAUUUGAACUGAGAAACAUCACAACCUGCUGUUACAAGAUCACUGUAUGUGCUGGACUUGAGACUUGCUUUCGGGGGAUUUCGCUGAUUGACUAACGCUGCCUAAAUGUUCAUGCUCUUUCUCAUCUCUCUUCUCAACUGUCCUUUCAGAAGAUUGACAGCAGGCCUCCAGCAGUUUCCAUUCCACUGAGAAAUGAAAUGAAGUGGGUGUUGAGAAAUUAUAGUGAUACUUGAGCAUGAAUGAGAACUGUAUGUGUUUCUGUUCAGAGGUGUGAGAGACAGUCUUUCCAAAAAAUGCCAAAGAAACGUGCAACACCUAGAGAGAUAUCAGAGCGAAACGCUAAGUGUGCAUGUGGAUGCAUUAUAACAUACACAAACAUGCACGCACACGAAGAUUAACCUGUCUAAGCAUGUCAAAAGUAAUUUAGUAUCAAAAGGCUAUCUAUAUUCAUAGGAAAGUAUAGUUGCAUAUUUGUGAAUGCAGUCUGACGCAUGUGAAGCCUGCUGCUCAGACUGGUGUUUAAUUUCAAGUUAAUUCAAACAGAUAAUGUGCCCCCUUUUUUUCUUCUUCUUUUUUUUUGCCAUUUCAAGAUGUUUGCUCAUCCUAAUAUUUAUUAACAUAGUACAUAACAUGUAUUUUCAAAAUUUACAGAUAUUGAAAUGGAUAUAUGUAGUUUUUAUUAGUAAAAUGGAGAGUUUUGAUUUGAUUUUGUUUUGUCUUCAUACCAGAAGUCCUGUUAUUAUGAAUAGGAAAAGAAAUGCUAAGUAGGGUAGAUCAAUACGUGGAUGAGGAAAGGAAGUAGAGAGGAGGUUUGGGGAAGACUGACCCCUCUGUAGUGAAAUCAGGCAAGGUUUGAUGUUGAGAGAUGCAAGAUUUGACGUGGCAAGGUUUGAUGUUGAGAGACGUCAUCAGGGUUUGAGGAAAUAUGCACAUAUUAGGUAGCAGCUUGAAUGUAACCAAUGCACACAGACCAGCUUGUAGAUACAUCCACACAUCGGUGUUGUUAUAUGGACAUAUGAAGCAUGCACAACGUUUAACAUUCUCCAACCCAGGUGUUGCAGAUAGUACUGUGGUAAUUUUACACAGAUCUGAUGAUAAUCAUCACACAUUGCCUAUUUUUGAGCCUCUAUGCAAAUUCAUGAGGUGCGGCUGUAAAAGGCUUCAGUCAUUUAGUAUAUUUCAGUUUUUUAUGUUAUGGAUGUAUAUUCCUGGUUUGCAAAAAAAAAAAAAAUAGUGUUUUUUUUUUUCUGGAAUAGCUAAUUUUAUUGUUUCUCAGUUAUUUUAUUUUAGGGAGUAGUUUUCUAUAUAAGCAGGACCAAAGAUAUGAUGAUAGCGGGACAAAAUUUAGAUAUGAAAACAUCUUUGUUUUGCAUAGGGAGGUCAGCUGUAAAUUGGAAUGACUUACUGAGUCGAAAGGGGGAUCUAGUCGCCCACCCCUUUCCAAACUUUGCCUUAGCUGCGGAUCAGCCCAGAAAAUGGUGGAUGGAUUGGCUUGUAAAUGUGAUAGAUUAUAAUCCUAUUUAAAACAGAAGGAAUUAAAAGUGAGAACUGUCAGGACUGAAUUGCUGUAUCAAUUAUAGAGCUGUAUCCUGGAUUUCAUUAUCAGUCCAUGUUUUUCAGCUUUAGGGACCAGCUUGUUCUCUCCUGCUAUCUUGUUAGGAAACCAGACCACAGAGGAUCAGGCACUUGCAGGGGCUUAAGUGUUUUAUCUCAGAGUUUUAAGACAGGAACAUAACAGUAGGUUUUCACACCAGUACUGUAAUUAUUUUUAUGUAUUCAUGAUGCUACUGCAACAGGUUUUUCUGCCCCCCACAAACUGUCAAAUUAUGCAACUUAUUUUACCUUAUUUGUUACGUAGUGUGAUUUAUAUUCACGUUUAUGUUGUAAUUGUGAUGUUUACUUUGAUUUAUGUAAGGCCUUGUUUCUCUGUAGGUCUUACACAAAGCGGUUUACCAGAACAACUUGGCAGAAGUCUUGCUUUCUGGCCAGCAGUGUUGUUUCUAGUACAUGUCAAUCAUAACUUUUUCUUCUUUUUUUACCUUUUAGAAGUAGCAAAUGAUAAUGCUUAAAGUUUGGUAAUGAAACUAUCAAGGUGCAAGAUCUGUUCUACCCACUUGACUUCCUACAGUCCUUUUGCACAGUCUUUUCAUUCGCGUUUGCUUGAAUGAGUGGUUCGUUCAUUAGAUUCAGUUUUCAUUUUCUUCGAAAACUAAUUACAGUACUAUGCAUUGCCUAUUAUAAAUAAGGGACUGAGAGAGACAUCCCCUUAACCAUAGUUUAAAAUUCUUGACUGAUUUUCACUUUUAUGACAAGAGCUGCAUUUGGAAUUUACCACAAUUUAAACUCGAUUACAAAGUGAGUUUCAUGGAUAUCCCUUGUGAACUCUUUAUAAUUGGGAAGACAGGGUUUUGGGUGCCGUCAUUUCUCUCUCAUUCCUUAAACAUUUCAUGUGUAUCUGUCACAUAUACGUAUAUAUACUGAUAUAUCUCUAUGUUUAAAUCUAUUUAUAGGGUGCCUUGUGCAAAUUGGGUUUGUUGACAUGCCAUCUCCUCAUUUAACCAUGUUCAGUGUUAAAUGCUGAUCUGAUAUUUUGCUCCAAACCCCAUAUAAAAUGUCUGAGUGCUCUUUGUUAGAACCCUCUGCAAUCUAGAACUUUUAGUCUUUUAUGUAAUUCUGUGUACAGGAGUCCACUUGAUACAGGCAUUCCAUUGCUGUCUGUCUAUAUAAUUGAUUAUGCAAGGACUAUUCUGUGUAUUUGGGCUUUGAUUUUAUAUGUAAGAUACAUAAGAAAAAUGUAGGUACGUUUUUUUAUUAUAAUUUUCUUUUCUUUCUUUUUUUUUUUUUAAAUAAAUGAUUGAAAAUGA